AUGAACAAGGGAACUUAUUUCAGCCUAGUUCAUUUUGUUACUUUCUUGACCCUUAUUUCCAUGGUUUGUACUAACACAUUAGUGGAAGCUCAAAAAUGCAAGCCAAGUGGAAAAAUUAAGGGUAAAAAGCCCCCAAAAGAUCAAUGUAGCCCUGGUGAUGAAUGUUGUAAAGAAGGAAAACUUUACACUACAUACAAAUGCUCACCUCCAGUUUCUGUUCACACGAAGGCAAUUCUUACCAUUAACGACUUUGACAAAGGUGGUGAUGGUGGCGGUCCAUCUGAAUGUAGUGGCACGUAUUACCAUAACUCUAUUCCGGUGGUGGCUCUGUCCACCGGAUGGUACAGUAAAGGAAGACGAUGUUUUGAAAACAUUACAGUACAUGCAAAUGGGAGGAGUGUGAAAGCCAUGGUUGUCGAUGAAUGUGAUUCGGGUGAAGGGUGUGAUGCUCCACAUGCAUACCAACCUCCUUGCCCGAAUAACAUUGUGGAUGCUUCUGAAGCAGUGUGGAAAGCUUUAGGUGUUCCUAAGAAAGACUGGGGUUGGCUUGAAAUCUCCUGGUCUGAAUAA